AUGCCAGCGGCGGUGCAGAAGAUGUGCGGCAAGUGUCGGCAACACGGUGUGAUCCAGGCCUACAAACGGCAUCAGAACCGAUGUCCGUUCAUUGAAUGCGAUUGUGAAAAGGUAAGGAGGAGCGGAUUGUAAUUGAUUUUUGAGCGAUUUUUUUUUGAGGAAUUUUGAGACAUUUUGAAAAAAAAAAAUUAUUUUUUCCUCGAAAAAUUUGAAAAAAUCAAAAAAAUCUCAAAAUUAUUUUUUCAACUUUUAACUCAUAAUUUCCCCAUUUCCAGUGCCAUCAAGUCGACGACUACCGAAAACGGAUCCGCGAGACCGUCAAGCGGCUGAAACGACGAAAAAGCGAGGAGAAGAAAAUGGCCCAAGACCAGCUUCAGAACACUCCCUCUACCUCAUCACUGCAUCCCUCUUCAAACUCGGCUUCAUCAUCGCCUUCGAGCGCCGUUUCCACCUGCCCCAGUCCCAGCGACGAGGGUUUGUUCUUCAGCGACGGCUUGGUGAAUAUUGCCUCAACCCAAGAGCCCAUAAAAUUCAUCGCUUGCAAGCCGAUCCCGCUGGCCCUGCUGAGCGGCGCAGACGUUGGAAUGGUGCAGCCAUGCCUGUUGAAUGAAUGUCUAAUUAGUCCGUCGACCAUGUUGGAGAUGCUACUGCAAAACGCGUUGACGAAUCAGUCUUAA